AUGUCCGACAAGCUUACACGUAUCGCCAUUGUCAACAGCGACAAGUGUCGCCCCCGAAAGUGUCGCCAGGAAUGCAAGAAAUCCUGCCCAGUCGUCCGAAGUGGCAAGCUCUGCAUUGAAGUUGCGCCCGAAUCCCGCCUCGCCUUCAUCUCCGAGUCGCUCUGUAUUGGUUGCGGUAUCUGCCCCAAGAAGUGCCCAUUCGAUGCCAUUACCAUCAUCAACCUUCCCACCAACCUCGAAAGCCAAGUUACCCACCGAUAUGGCCCCAACAGCUUCAAGCUGCACCGGCUUCCUAUGCCCCGCCCCGGACAGGUUCUUGGUCUUGUCGGAACCAACGGUAUCGGCAAGAGUACUGCCUUGAAGAUUCUCAGUGGAAAGCUCAAGCCUAACCUGGGCCGUUUCGACAACCCCCCCGACUGGGAAGAUGUUAUCAAGUAUUUCCGAGGUUCUGAACUGCAGAACUACUUCACCAAGCUGUUGGAAGAUGACCUCAAGGCAGUGGUCAAGCCCCAGUAUGUCGACCAGAUCCCAAAGGCUGUCCGUGGUCCCCAGAAGAGUGUUCGCCACCUCAUCGAGAGCCGAGCUUCCCUCGGGAAUACUCAGGAGGUUGCCGACGUUCUUGAGUUGAACCAUAUCAUGGACCGUGACAUCAACCUGCUCUCUGGUGGUGAGCUUCAGCGUUUCGCCAUCGGUACUGUCUGCGUCCAGAAUGCCGACGUCUACAUGUUUGACGAGCCCUCUUCGUAUCUCGAUGUCAAGCAAAGAUUGAGCGCAGCCCAAAUCAUCCGCUCAUUGCUCCGCGACAACGAUUACAUCAUCGUGGUUGAGCACGAUUUGUCUGUUCUGGAUUAUCUUUCCGACUACAUCUGCGUCUUGUACGGAAGACCCGCCGUCUAUGGUGUUGUUACCCUCCCCUACUCUGUUCGAGAAGGUAUCAACAUUUUCCUUGAUGGCCAUAUUCCCACCGAAAACCUCCGUUUCCGUGACGAGUCUUUGACCUUCCGUAUUGCCGAGAGCGCUGAUGAAUUUGCUAUUGACAAAUCUCGUGCUUUCAAGUACCCUAAGAUGGAGAAGACCCUCGGCAACUUUAGACUUCGCAUCGAUCCUGGUGACUUUACCGAUUCUGAAAUCAUUGUCAUGAUGGGAGAGAACGGAACUGGGAAGACCACUUUCUGUCGCCUCCUGGCCGGAGCCCUGAAGCCCGAUAGCAAGGCCGCCGUUCCUGACAUGAGAAUUAGCAUGAAGCCCCAGACCAUCACGCCCAAGUUUGAAGGUACAGUCCGCCAACUUUUCUUCAAGAAGAUUAAGCAGGCCUUCCUUUCGCCCCAGUUCCAGACCGAUGUUGUCAAGCCUCUGAAGCUCGACGACUUUAUUGAUCAGGAGGUCAAGAACCUGUCCGGCGGUGAAUUGCAGCGUGUUGCCAUUGUCCUGUCUCUCGGUAUGCCUGCCGACAUUUACCUUAUUGACGAACCUUCCGCCUACCUCGACUCCGAACAGCGUAUCAUCGCCGCCCGUGUCAUCAAGCGCUUCAUCAUGCACUCCAAGCGCACGGCAUUUAUCGUCGAGCACGAUUUCAUCAUGGCCACGUACCUCGCUGACCGUGUCAUUGUCUUCGAUGGCAAGCCUGGUAUUGAUGCCCAUGCCAACAAGCCUGAGUCUCUUCUCACAGGUUGCAACGCUUUCCUCAAGAACCUUGACGUCACCUUCCGACGAGACCCCGUGAACUACCGCCCUCGUAUCAACAAGCAGGGCUCGCAGCUUGACCAGGAACAGAAGUUGGGUGGCAACUACUUCUUCUUGGAGGAUACUCCUGACAAGAGCUCUUGA